AUUUACAAUGUUCCCUCAUUAUAUAAAUAACCAAAACUUGUCAAUUUGGUAAGCAACAAAAAACAACCAGUUUCGAGCUCUUGGCGUUGGUGGUGUUGGUAGUGUUGGUGAUGGAGAAGAGCAAGUCAUACCCAGAAUACUCAUCAUCUUUCUCUGGAGAAUUUGGGUUCGAAGAUGGAUCAAAUUCGUAUAGCUUCAACGGGCCAUGUCAGAAGGCGAAUGGAUUUGCAACAUCAAACGAUCCAGAGGUGAAGAGAAAGAAGAGAAUAGCUUCAUAUAAUGUGUUCACCAUGGAAGGGAAGCUUAAAUCUGGUGUAAGAAAUAGCUUCAAGUGGAUCAAGAGCAAGUUCAGCACUACUGAUCAUGUUCGUUAUGGUAUGUAAAUGGUUAAAAUUCUGCUUAUUUGGGGAUCAGAGAGAAGGAAAUUUUCUCUCCUUGGAAGACUAGAGAAGCUAAGAGUGUUAUGAUUUUGUGUUGUUUUGGUCUUUUUAGCUUGGAAUAUGCUUGCCAUGCAUCAUACGAGAGUUUGGUUGGUCAUUUGUAUGUUGGAGAAAAGAAAAAUCCCUUCUCUCCUUUCAUUUCUUUCUUGGUCUUAAACUCCUGCAAUUUCCCUA